CACCCCUAUUUCCCUAUCUUUCAUUUAAAAAACAAAACCCUAAAAAAUGUUCACUGUUGAAAACUCCCAUCCGCCCCCUCUCUUACCUUCUUCUUCUUCAAACCUCCAAAUCCUCUCCCAUGGCUGCCCUUCCCCUCGCCCAACUACCACCCCCUCCAGCCCUUUCCCCUACGUCAAACCUCCAUCACCUCGCGACCAAACAACCACCUAGAGCAGCCACCUGCUGCCGCUGCUUCAUCUUCUUCGCUUCAUCAUCAAGCUCGAGCUCCAUGUUCACCGCCUCGCUAGCUCCUUCGGCUAUGCUGCUGCUACGUUCUUCAUCCUUGCUGCCAUGGCUGCGUCAAGCUCCCUGCUGCGCGUCUCCUUCUUCUUCUCCGACACUGCGGCUGCUACGUUCUUCAUCCUCGCUGCCAUGGUUGCGUCGAGCUCGUCGAGCAGCUGCUCCGCUACUGCUGCUCCGUCACUGCUGCUGCCUGAUGUUUCUUCUUCUCCAGUUUCGCGCGGCCAUGGCUGCUUUGUUGCUGCUGCUUCAGUUCUCGUCGAUCGCCGUUGCCUCAUAUUCCAACUCCUCUACUGCAGUUCAAUUCCAGAUUCCCUCGUUAGUUUAUGGUCCAACGGAGACUACACGUUUGUUGGGGUUGGAGUUGAGAACGAUGUGGAGAAGUUGGUUGAAGAUCACGAGCUUACCGUGAGAAAUAUGGCGGAUUUGAGAGUUUUGGCAGCUGAUGCAUAUGAGAUGAGUAAUUUGAAAACUGCUGGGUUGAAGGAGCUAUGCAAUGUUGUUCUUGGAAGAGAGAUUGAGAAGCCUAGACAUAUUACUAUGGGUAGGUGGGACAGUGAGUGGUUGAGUUUGGAUCAAAUUAAAUAUGCUUGUGUUGAUGCUUUUGUUUCUUUUGAGAUUGCAAAGCAUUUGAAUAUUGCUGCUGCUCCGUCCAGUCUGUAGCACGCGACUGUGACCUUCAGUUGCUUCUUAUUCGGGUCGUCUUCGAUGUCGAGUUAUUUUGGUGCGAUAAUUGUUUCCAGGCAGAUUUGUUUUCGUUCGAGCUCGUCGUUGUUCAUUUCCGGUUAGUUGAUUUAAGUUUCAUUUCUGUCCGUAUUUUAUUUUGAUAUUCUCAGAUCUGAAAUCAGAUAUGUUUGAUAUUAAUUUCAUGUUUAUCGUUUUUUAUUUUUCAGUUUGUCUCAUUUUUCUUGUUUUUUUAGGAAGAAAUUGU